AUGAGCUAUUGUAUGAACUGCCAUACGACAAGUACGCCUAUGUGGAGACGACUCAACGACAAUGCGACUGGCUUGCCGGUGAAUCUGUGCAAUGCCUGUGGCUUGUACUACAAGACCAAAGGUGUGCAUAGGCCUAAGGUUCUUGUCACUAAAAAGUCACAGUUGGAGAAGUAUAAACAGAUCAUGGACUGCGUUUCCAUGGAAGUGUCUGACCCAAACAGGACCAAGAUCGUGCAAGUGCACGACGAGGACUUGAACAACGCUAACUUGAUCAGCUGCUCUAACUGCAAAUGCAUCAACACCUCGCUCUGGAGGAAAGACCCACAGGGAAACAACCUUUGCAAUGCAUGUGGGCUGUUCUUCAAGAAGAACGGGGUCCACAGGAAAAGCAAGCAAGAAGACAAGGGAAUAUUCAUAGAGAUUGAUCAGAAACUCAUAAAGUUCAAUGCUGUGAAGAGACGUAAGAGAAGGGUUGCGAAUAGUCAACCUCAUGGGCUUGAGGGUCAGAGGAGAUCUUCAAUCUCGACGAAUAACUCGGCAACGGUAUCGCCAACUUCCAUGACCUUUACACCACAGUUACUCCCCCAAAUCCAGAUGGCAUUGCCACCUUCCAUCUAUCAACAGCAGCUUCAUCAUGCAGUCCCUCACUAUAAGCUUGUCAGUGAGCCAUUUUACAGACAGCCGACUGCGGUCAAUGGUUCCCGUUCGAGUUCAUUAUCAUCUCCACUACAACAAUUCGGUGUUGUUGAAGGAGUAUCACCUCCUCAGCAGCAGCUUCCACCGCCUCCACCAUGCUUUCCUCCCUCUUUUCAACAACAGCCACAACCACAGCAGCAUUCUGGCAUCUCUUUCUCAGCAGAGCCGGGAAUUUCAACGGUGCAUAGGGUGCCACCACCUCUAUUGCAACAACAAGCACAACCGAUGUCCUCGUAUCAACCAGCAGGUAGACAACGCGAGCACGAACAUCGUCAAGCCAAACUAUUAGCUCCUAGCUCGUCUGCAUCUUCAACCUCACGUCUUCCCCCGAUUUCUGCUCUUCUCAAUGAGAUUGACAGACGCUGA